GCCUACAUCAUCAGCCACCUGAAGAAGGAGAUGCCAAGUGUAUUUGGAAAAGAAAACAAGAAGAGAGAGCUCAUCAGCAGGUUGCCAGAAAUCUACACUCAGCUGCAGCGAGAAUACCAGGUUUCUGCAGGGGACUUCCCCGAGGUCAAGGCAAUGCAGGAACAGCUUGAGAGCUACGACUUCACCAAAUUCCACUCGCUGAAGCCCAAGCUGAUCGAGGCCGUGGACAACAUGCUGAGCAACAAGAUCUCGUCCCUGAUAAGCAUCAUCAGCCAGGAGGAGACGAGCAUGCCCACACAGCUGGUGCAGGGCGGUGCCUUCGACGGCACGGCCGAGGGCCCCUUCAACCAGGGCUACGGGGAGGGCGCCAAGGAGGGCGCCGAUGAGGAGGAGUGGGUUGUGGCCAAAGACAAGCCUGUCUACGAUGAGCUCUUCUACACCCUGUCGCCCGUCAACGGCAAGAUAUCGGGCGUCAACGCCAAGAAGGAGAUGGUGACCUCCAAGCUGCCCAACAGCGUCCUGGGCAAGAUCUGGAAGCUGGCCGACUAUGACUGCGACGGCAUGCUGGAUGAGGAGGAGUUCGCACUGGCCAAGCACCUCAUCAAGAUCAAGCUCGAUGGCUACGAACUGCCCAACAGCCUGCCCCCGCACCUCGUGCCACCCUCCCACAGGAAAUCCUUGCCGAAGGCUGACUGA